UCAGGCAGUCGAGCGGGUGAUGGGCGUGUAUGCCCGGUUGGGCAUCGCGUACAGCCUCUUCUCGCGGCAGUCGACAGUCGGUUAAGUGCCAGAGCACACCGGCACGUCCCAGUGCAUGUGAUGCGUUCAACCGCACGCCAGUCGGCCUCAGGCAGUGUCCGACAACACGCCCAAGCGUCAUGUGCCGUCAGGGUCGCCCGACAGUGCCCGAGUGGUACUAGUUCACGCCAGCCAACAUCAGUUCACACGUCCUUGUACCCAGUUGCCUAUUGUG